AUGGGUCAGCAACAAUCGAAACGCAGUGAUGGUGCACCUUUAGCUCAAGAAAAGUCCGGCGACAGCCUCCAAUCCUACCCCUCCUUCUCUCGAACAGACACUCGAGACUCAACCCGUUCUAUCCGCGGCUCUAUCCGCUCCAAAAUCCCCGGUGGGAAAAGCGAGAAGAACGAUAGCCCCAGAGGCUCAAUCUCCACCCUAUCGCGUGGUGAGAACGGUUCACCAGACAAAUCAGAUGCAGGCUCCAUCGCGUCCGCUACCAGUGCAAAGUCCGCAAAUUCCCGAGUUAAUCGCAUCUCUUCGAUCUCCUCGACCACUAACGCUCCCGCAGCCAAGCCCCCGACGUCGGAUGAUCAGCGUUCUUACGUAGAUGCUCCAGACCCCCCUCCUUCCCCUUCUCAGUCUGCUUCCCUAGGCCGUGGCCAUAAAAACCUCAAUGACGUGCGCAAGUCAGGCGAAGUUGACCAUGUUUCCGACGCUCCCCCGUCACGUCCAACCCCAUCAUCCAUUCAUUUGAAGCCAGGAGAAUCGAUCCUCAUUAAGAGGGAAGGUGCUAUAAACCCUGUUCUCCAUGAUGCAGCAGCGGCUGCAGACCAGUCAGGUACAAACGGUUCGCCUGGAAUGGGAAUCGGUGCCUUGAAAUCAAUCGAUGUCGAUGAGAUGAUUACAAGACUUCUGGAUGCAGGAUAUUCGGCUAAAGUCACCAAAGCUGUCUGUCUGAAAAAUGCUGAAAUCAUUGCUAUCUGCACGGCAGCCCGUGAAGUGCUCCUCUCCCAGCCAGCUUUGCUCGAGCUCUCGGCACCUGUGAAGAUCGUGGGAGAUGUCCAUGGUCAAUAUACCGACCUAAUUCGGUUGUUUGAAAUGUGCGGCUUCCCCCCAGCCGCUAACUACCUCUUUCUCGGUGACUACGUCGACCGGGGCAAGCAGAGUUUAGAGACAAUCCUGCUCCUCUUGUGUUAUAAACUAAAAUAUCCCGAGAACUUCUUUUUGCUCCGCGGAAACCACGAGUGCGCCAAUGUGACGAGAGUCUACGGGUUCUACGAUGAGUGCAAGCGCAGAUGCAAUAUCAAAAUCUGGAAAACGUUCGUCGAUACCUUCAAUUGCUUGCCAAUCGCCUCCAUUGUCGCUGGCAAGAUCUUCUGCGUUCAUGGUGGGUUGUCGCCAAGUUUAGCCCACAUGGAUGACAUCCGUGGCAUUGCUCGCCCAACAGAUGUUCCGGACUACGGGUUACUUAACGACCUUCUUUGGAGUGAUCCUGCUGAUAUGGAUGAUGAUUGGGAACCCAACGAGAGAGGUGUGAGUUAUUGCUUCGGGAAAAAAGUCAUCAUGGACUUUCUACAGCGCCAUGACUUUGACCUUGUGUGUCGGGCGCAUAUGGUGGUCGAGGAUGGCUACGAGUUCUUCAAUGAUCGGAUCCUAGUCACCGUGUUUUCUGCUCCAAAUUACUGCGGCGAAUUUGACAACUGGGGGGCGAUCAUGUCAGUUUCUGCUGAAUUACUCUGCAGUUUCGAACUGUUGAAGCCGCUGGAUUCGAGUGCAUUGAAGAGCCACAUUAAGAAAGGCAGAAACAAGCGCAACAGCAUGUUGAACAGUCCUAAUGAUGACAGUGCCGCCUUAAGUCCUUUGUCGCCUAUGGUGUUCCAGUACUUCCGUACACGGCUCCGCCGCCUUAAUUCCUCCCUGGCAUCGCCGCCGAUGAUCCUUUCCCCGAAAGCUGUUGCCAACCAGUCCACCGCUCUCCGGAAUUACCCGCCUCCGGAUGUCUAUCCUCCCGACAUUGGUGAACAAUGUGCAGUCGCGUAUGGUUCUGAAAUGAGACGCAUGCCUCCCCUCGAUAUUCUUGGUCUCGGUGAUUGCCAGGAAGAUGACGAUGAUGAUGACGGCGACGGUAAUAACGAUAUUAGCAACGACAACGAUAACGAUACUGAGUAUCGGGAUCUCAGUCCACAUAUAGUGGGAGCACAGGGGCCGCUCCUAAGCGUCGAUGGAUAG